GCGCCAACAGUUUUCUGUUCCAGCUGCUGUUGAUACAGUGAAUUGCCGAUGGUGAUGUGGAUGAAAUAACGGUGUCUAGUUGGUCAGCUUUGGGUGGGGAACUGGUUUGCAAUCGACUUGAGAGGAUGAGCUAAAUUGACGCUUUGAUUCAAUCAUCGCAGAUCCAAACUGCAGAGGAGAUGGGUCAACUUUGGCGGCGAGACAUCACCCUGUCAGAGAGGUUGGGCAAUGACCCUCCGGUCGGCUUCGCCCCGGGGCCCCCAGCCACGGUCGCCCCACAGCAAUCCAACACCUCCUGGGUACCAGAAGCCCCAUUGGUCACACCAGAAGGGCCAAUUUUCCUCAUGACCUCCACUGCACAAACUAUAUCGGGUUUUUUCGUUUGGACAGCUCUUCUGAUCACAUGUCACCAGAUCUACAUGCAUCUACGUUACUACAGCUCUCCAAAUGAACAGAGGCACAUAGUUAGGAUCCUCUUCAUAGUCCCCAUCUAUGCCUUCGACUCCUGGCUCAGCCUUCUUUUCUUCACCAAUGAGGAGUAUUAUGUGUACUUUGACACAGUCCGAGACUGCUACGAAGCCUUUGUCAUCUACAACUUCCUGAGUCUGUGCUACGAGUAUCUGGGAGGAGAGAGCGCCAUCAUGGCUGAGAUCAGAGGGAAACCUAUCGAGUCCAGCUGUAUGUAUGGGACCUGUUGUCUGUGGGGCAGGACGUACUCCAUUGGUUUCCUCAGGUUUUGCAAACAGGCAACUCUCCAGUUCUGUGUGGUCAAACCUCUGAUGGCAAUGAUCACUGUCUUACUUCAGGCUUUCGGGAAAUACAGAGAUGGAGACUUUAACGUGGCUAGUGGCUACCUGUAUGUGACCAUUGUCUACAACAUCUCAGUCAGUCUCUCGCUUUACGCUCUCUUCCUCUUCUACUUCGCCACACGUGAACUGCUUGUCCCCUACAACCCCGUGCUCAAGUUCUUCAUGGUCAAAUCAGUCAUCUUUCUCUCCUUCUGGCAAGGGAUGCUGCUGGCCAUCCUGGAGAAGUGCGGAGCCAUCCCUCAGAUCAACUCGGUUGACUUCUCCAUGGGCGAGGGAACAGUUGCCGCUGGUUACCAAAACUUCAUCAUCUGCAUUGAGAUGUUCUUUGCUGCCGUUGCUUUGCGCCAUGCCUUUACUUACAAGGUCUACAUGGAUAAAAGGCUGGACUCGUAUGGCUCAUUUCCUAUCUAUGGACAGUACGGUCGCUGUGCCCCGAUGAAGAGCAUCUCCAGCAGCCUGAAGGAGACCAUGAAUCCGGGGGACAUGGUGCAGGAUGCCAUCCAUAAUUUCUCCCCAGCUUAUCAGCAGUACACCCAGCAGUCCACACUGGAGCGAAGUGGGGGGCCACCUCUCUCCCGCAGCCACAGUAACCUCAGCACCCGCGGGGACAACGAAAAGACCCUCCUGCUCAGCUCUGACGAUGAGUUCUGAGACUCAAACAGGCACUCACUUUACUCUUGUAGCCCAAAUUAAAAUGUUAUCACCCAUGUGAGACAAAUCAGAUCUUUUGUUGCUACCUUAACACGGAAGAUCGGAUUCUGUUUUCUAUUGUUUGUUUUUAUUUAGACAACAGAUCAGAUUCAUGUCAGACUUAUGGAACUAUUGUUAAAAGACUGCGGGAAAGGAUUGAGUGUUUUUACAAGGAAAGAGAGGUGCAGUAGGGAAAAGGGUGGAGAAGUUGUUACGAAUACAGUCGGGGAGAAGAGAGGUCAAGAUGUUUAGGCAUUAGGUUUAUGAACCGGCCAAGUUGUCAUUUGUGUUGAUGUCAUAGAGGCCAUUACUGACAGAACUACCAUAUCACAUGGGUACAAACAACCGUGCCUAAAUAUAGGGUCCUUAUGCUGCACUUUAAACACCACAGCAAAACAUUUACGAGGUGUAUGCCAGAGCAAAUAAGUGCCAUCUUCAUCUGAAACACACAGCCUCCUUCAUUUUACAGUUUUUAUAUUGAUUCUCAAUCCAAACUUCUCCUCAUCCCUCUGCCAACUCUGCCUCCUAACGAAACAUUGCCAAAUAGAAGGAGUCCCCUGUGCUCCAGUCUUUGAGACACGCUGUUUUAAGAUUUAGAAUUGAUUUAUGGUCAAGCAAAGCUAAGGAGCCUUUGAAUUCCCAGGCUUCAUUUUAAUAUAUAAGAGUUUAAUCUAAUUUUUAUUUAUUUAAAUGUUGUACAACCUUGAAGGUAUCACUCAUUUAAAGACUAGUUUGUUGGAAAAUUGUUAUUCCAGAAAUGUUCUUAAUAUUCUGUGUUUUUUUUGUCGUGGGUUCAUAUGAAGUGACUCAAAAGUGUAAUUGUAUGACUGGGCAGCUGUUGGCCUGACUUGGGCUCCUUGCGCAUUGUUAUUGUUUGUUAGAGCACUGAGGGAACAGCUGUAGGAGAGAUUGUAGUGUGGGCAGGGAGACUGAAGGACGACACCCACACAGAUUACAGAUUACUGAAGAAGCAACACUUCCCUGCAGAGCCGGCCCAGCUGUGAUGUGCUGUGGAUUGUAAUCCCAUAAUUAAGGGAAUUACGAGCAGCACAGAUCAGGCCUGCCUCUGCUGGUAUUGUUUAUAAUGGCAUCACUGCUAUAGUAGUAGUGAUUUAGUCAAAAAUGUGUCGGCGGUCGGUUUUAAAUGAGACAACUCAAAUCUGUAAAGUGAAUAUAUGGGUAUUAAAAGUUGAUUUGUUCAGGGACACUAGGAGUGAUGGAUGGUAGAAAACAUCCUCAAAUGAGUCAGUCCCGCCAGUCAUCCUCUGUUUCCUAUUAGUAGAGUUAAUUGCCAUCAACUAAUGUUUAAUAUGCGUUUUAGCAGGGGCAAGUAUAGAAGCUGCUUGUGAUCGUGAUCGUAAAUAUUUGAUUGCAGAGCACAGCAAUAUAAAAGCUGAGUAGAUCCUUUUGACGGGUGACAUUACGCCUCUAAUUGUGCGAUCACUGUUUUCCUCUUGAUAUGUCGAGUACAGAGUCCAAACUGAUUUUUACAUAUUUACUAAAGUCUAUUGACUGCAGGUAAACAAACAGUUUACUGUGAGUAAUGAAUGUAGUCCGGAUUAAAAAUGACAAAAACACAAUCAACCUUCUAAUGGAAAAUCAGUUAGCAGAAUAAUGAAAGUGUUGAAAAGUUGGUUUCCUGCUGUGACUGCUAACCCAUAUCCCUACACUCAAUUAUUAACGCAUCACUUUUGUAUCCGGCUUUCCACUGAACAGGUUUUGCUUCAGUUAAAGGCAAUGUUGAGUGAAUUUGUUCUUAUAUUGUAACACUAAUUUAGUAAUAUUGAAAAAGUGAAAGUCACUGCCUUUUAUUCAAACACAGGCUAUGUGAUUUAAAAGCUGGAUGUUUAAUCACAUAGCUGAAUAUAUUAAACCAGGAAAUAUUACUUUAUAUCAGAAAGGAAGGAAUGUUGGAAAUAUUGCUAAAUUAAGCACUGUGAAACAUGAUGGCUGUAAUGGCAUUGCUUUGUGUAGUGCUUUAGUUUAAUAUUUUAAUUUUCAUAUAUUAUACGGUUUUAUUUCUGUUGUACCCUUUUUUAAUUUGUAUAUUGGUAAUAUUAUCUCUUGUUUUGAUGCUUAAAUGGGUUCUGUUGGUGUUGAAAAUAAAGUAAAAUACAAAUGCAA